GUCAGCAUCCAAACCUGCCAACCAUCCGUCCACCUGUUGCGGGCUUCACCCUUUUUCACCGCACGAGGGCGCGCUUUCCAAUAAUAGCCGGUGGAGAUGGAAUGGGCUUCAGACCGUGGGGGGAACUUGAAGCUUGUACGAAGGGCUCGUCCGGAUAAAAACAUGUCUUGUUAUGUGUUGCAUAUCUUGCACGGGAGCCGCUUGGCUGACAUGAACUGCUAAUUCUUCCGCAGAACUGUGUUGUGACACACCGUCAUACUCUGGAAUAUGCUUUGUUUCCAUGGUAACAGGCCACACGAAGACCCAGAAAAAUAUCAAGCCAAGUUGAUCCUUUUUUCCAACAUACCUGAUCCUGGACACAGGGGAUGAAAAUUGGAAUAGAAACAAGGAGAAAUUUCUUGAGGUUUCCACUACCCCGAAUAAUGGCAAAAAAACAAUUGUGAUUUUUUUUUUAAGGUUCCUGUAUUUUAUUGUCUUUUCUCUUGGGAUCAUGCUGUGGAGCUGCUUGAAUUCUCCCCCGAAUCCAAGAGUUAAUAAAAGCUGCAUAAUUGGCAUUUCAUCAGAUUUGAAUCAUCUCUCGACAAUUACAGUAUGUUAGGGAUAUGCUCAUUCCAUAUUGGGCGCUUUUAAACCUUUGCUGACCAACUGGUCAUAUAGUCAUUCUCUACAAGGACCAGGAUGCACCAGCUCUUCAGUCAGGUGCUGGGCCAGAGGGAUUUAUCCAGAGCAGGAGAUCUGUUUUCUUUGGAGGAUGCUGCGAUCGAAGACUGCUUGUCACAGGCUCUGGACCAGAUCAAGUCCAUCUCUUGCUCACCGGAUUAUUUGACCAACGACAAUGACCAGGCAGUGGUAGAGAUUUGUAUCACGCGUAUCACCAGCGCCAUCAGAGAGACCGGCUCCAUCGAGAGGCACAGCACGGCCCUGGUGGGGCUGUGGGAGUCGUGUCUGGAACAUAACCUCACGCCUCAAGGUGACAACACCGAAGACACGCCGCACACCAAGAUAGCCUCCGACAUUACCAGCUGCAUCCUGCAGAAUUACAGUUGUCCGUCAGUCAUGGUGUUGGCUGUCCCGGUGGCGGUGCGCUUCCUCCAUAGAGGGAACAGAGAGCUGAGCAGGAACAUGUCCAGUUAUCUCUCGCUGGCUGCUAUAGUCGAGGUUGAUCUACUGGCUGAACAUACGGAGGCCAUAACGCUCAGCGUGCUUGCAGGCAACCACAUGCUCCUCCGCGUGCUCCCCUCAGUCUACCCCAGACAACCUGAUGUCAUACACCAUCACCUUGGCAAGCUCACUGCUGUACUGUCACAGUUGGAUUCCGCAGAACAACAACACCUGAUCAGACUGCUUCAAAUGGUGGCUGAGCAGCAUCCGCUGAUGUUGAGCCCUCAGGUGCCUGCCCUGGUCAGUUACCUAGGCAACCAGUCUCUAAUUGAGGCCAUUUUAGGCACUCUGGUGGAUGUGUCUCUCGCUAGCCCCUCCUCACUGGUCAGCUGUCUGCCAAAGCUCAGGACUACGGGACAACAAUGGCCUGCUCUCUUGGGUCACGUGGCCAAAAUCCAUGGCGCUGUGGGCAUCAUCAGUGAGGCACACGCGCACCAGUCUUUGGUGUACCUGGUUUCUCUUCUGGGCAACAUGGAACACACUUUUCACCACACACUGCUACUGGAGAUCCGAGCUCUGACAGACCGUUACCCGUCUGUGCUCGGAGGCUAUGGGAAAGACCUCUACAGACUGAGCAACUCCUUCACAGCCAUAGCCAGACUGCUGGGGAGGCGACUGGAGGAGACCGCCACCGCGUGCCGCAAGUCUGAGGAGAAGGCGCACUCCUCCUUUGUUCUUCGGAAACAAAGCGAGAAUGGGCAUUGCUCGCCAUCUCCAAACGCAUCGCUACAAUGCGAAGGAGGAGGAGUAGGCGGAGGUGGGUCCGAGCCGAGGAAGGCGGGGGGUGAGUCGGAGGCGCAGGAGGACUCUCCUGCCCCCCAGCGGCGAUACAGCCUGAAUCAAGCGGUGAGAGAUGAGCAACGAGAGAUGAGAUUCAACAGGUCCAAGAGCCUGGCUCUCCAUGUUGUGCGCUUGCGAUCCAUCAAUUCGGAUGGCGGGGACGAUGGAGAAGGAGUGGAGCUGAGUCCAGACAACAUGACAUUCACCAGCACGUUGUCCUACCAGCCUUCAGCGGCACAACGGGAAGCGACACCUCCUGCCAAGACACUGACAGACAAUGCACCCACAUACACCGCAGCCCCUGCGCCAGACAAUGGGAUCAAAGAGGCAGACAGAGCUUUGAGCGGGCAGAAGAACAAGGAGGAGGUGGCGGAGGUGGCGGACAGACUCUACAUCCACUUGAGAGACAAUCUUGAGAUGAUCCGAGAGUUUUGUAAGGGCAUGGUUCAACAGAUCCCCAUACCAGAGCAAUGCGUAAUAGAAGAAUCAAACAGAGGCUGUGUGGCCAAGCUGUCGUUCUCCUGUCCCCUGAAGGGUCAUUACUGCCUGUACACAAAGUCCAGUUUUUGCCUGAGCAGCCGCCGGCCUCAUCUUUGGAUACACAUCAUGCUGCUCCAUCUACAGAAUAAGUCCAAAGUUCCACUAAGUUCUGGAGAUGAAUGCGUUCAGAGGCUGGCUUCACUUUGGGGCAAGACUCAACUCAAAGGAGCUCACAGCUUCCACAUGGCAAUGACGCAACACGCCACUCCGCACAGAAAGGACCUGGACAGUCUCCAGAUGCAGCUGGAGGAGGUUCGCUUCUUUGACCUGUUUGGCUACAAUGAAGAAGAGGCAGGCUGGUUAUGCUUCAUGUGCAACAACCCCGAGAAGGCCACAGGUGUAAAUCAGGAAGGUCAGCCUCUCAUCGAAGGGAAGCUGAAGGAGAAACAGGUCCGCUGGAGGUUUAUCAAGCGCUGGAAGACUCGCUACUUCACCUUGGCGGGAAACCAGCUGCUCUUCCGCAGAGGCAAAUCGAAGGACGAGCUGGAUGACAUUCCCAUUGAGCUGACCAAAGUACAAAGCGUCAAGGUGGUGGCCAAGAAGCGUCGAGAUCGAGGCCUCCCGCGAGCCUUCGAGAUCUUCACGGACAAUAAGACGUACGUGCUGAAGGCCGAGGAUGAAAAGCACGCCGAAGAGUGGCUGCAGUGCAUCAACGUGGCCGUGGCUCAGGCCAGAGAGCGGGAGAACACGGAGGCCACCACCUACCUGUGAUCUUACCGAGCCGUCUUCAGCUUUAUUGGAAACACACACACCAAAAAAAAAAAACUGUUGGGCCUCGUUAAUCAAAAGGUUGUAAGUGUGACUUUAGAGGAUGCAAAUUAACGUAUAUUCCACACUAAAAGCCUUCCAUUUUCUUUAAAGCUCACAGCGCACCUUGAAAUCCGAUGCGCUUUGUGUAUGGUCGUUAUGGUAAUAUUUCAACCCCAAAAUGGCUCCUUGCUCGAGACAUGCUUCAAACUGAAGGCGAUCGGUUUCGCAGUUGAACACGGAAAUAGAGCAGCAGCAAAAGAGUUCAACGUUAACGAGUCAAUGUUAUAACUUGCUGUUGGUUAAGUCACCUGUGUAGCUGCUUUAUUAAAUUCGUUUGACUGACAUCUAAUCGUUCUGUUGGCAUUUCCUUGAACGUAGUGCCAUCUAGUGGAUGCAUUGUAGAUUGCAUCUUAUAACGCGGUGCGUCCAAUAUAUGGAGAAAAAAAAUUACAAAAUAGGUCAUUCAUUGAAGGUGCACCUCAUAAUCCAAUGCGACUUUUUAGUGUGGAAAAUACAGUAGGCCUUUUAGUCCAGAUACGUUUGGUUGAUCUCCAAAUGAAGAGUUCUUUUGACACUCGGUCGGUAUGCAGUGUAAUUUCCGAGAAAUUAUGUUCAUAUUAUACCAGCAAUGGAGGACUGGCUGUCGAAUAAUAUUCUUUUGCCACGGAUGGACCAAACAAGCGGCCAUGCUAGCGUCAUUGUAUCCUGUGAUAGUGAGUACCAAAAUGAUUUUGUGUGUGUGUGUGUGUGUAUAUGUUGAAAUAGGAAUUUUAUAAACCAGUUAUUUCGAAAAUAAACGUAACCCUUUUUGUAUA